GCUGGCUGGUUUCCGCUUCCGGGUGCUACUUCCCUAUAGCGCUUUCUGGAAGUUCAGCUGUUGCUAUGGAGCUGUUGGCGGAGUUUGUCGGGCCAGAUGGGCAGUUGCAGCAGCUGCGGGUGCCCUGUGAGGCGCCGGGCGACGCCGACCCUUUCCAGGGCCUGCUGUCGGGCGUGGCCCAGAUGAGGGAGCUGGUGGUCGAGCUCUUUGACUCUCUGGUACAGCGGGAACCGCAGGGGAGAGUGGCGGCGGCUCCAGACGAGGACCUGGACGGUGAUGAUGAAGAUGAUGCAGAAGAUGAAAAUAACAUUGAUAACAGAACUAACUCAGAUGGACCAUCUGCAAAACGGCCAAAACCACCAUCUUAAUAAUAACUUUUAUGAAAUUUGAAAGACUACUAGUUAUCACACACUGACAUUAAAGGAAGACUUGUGCUCUAAUUUGGAAAAGCAUUUGUUUUUGUACUGCUGGGACAGUUUUGUCAAAGAAAAAAACAAUAAAUUUUGUUUCCAACCAAGAAAGAUGUAA